UGUAAGGUGGGUAAUAAUAUCUACAUGUUUGCAGAGAUUUUAGAAGGAACGGUCAGAGCUUCCAUGUCAGUUGGAGUGAUCAUUGCAGCAAAAGUUACUCUGAAAAUGCAGUUUCUCAAAGUUAUUGUACCCGUUUUCCUUGCAAUUGUGUUGCUGGUCAACUGCUCAGGCGCUUUUCCGAGCCGACUAAGCGAUUAUGAUGCUGGAGAGAUUGAGGUGCCGAAGCCACUUCAAUCUAGGGGUCCCACUCCGGAUAACGAUUUCACAGAUUCGAAUGAAACACGACCUCACGAAGAACAAGACUCGUUCGCCGUGGUGAAGUCAUUUUUCUAAACUCGCUUUUGUUAAACAAUGUCGUGGUAUUGAUUGGAUCAAAGAGUUUGAGAAUAAAAUUUUACGGUGUAGAAAUAGCUGUGCCCACCAGCAGCCAAA